CAUUCCCCAUUCAAACCAUUUCUGUACGGGCAGAAGAAAUGUCUAGAAGGUUCGGAAAGAGAAAGGAAGAGAAUGAAUACGCUUCUGAAGGCGACAAUCCUCCUAAGAAAGCUUCCAGAACCGAUGAUUCUGACGAUGAAGAUGGCAUCGUCGUUUGUGAGAUUUCUAAGAAUCGAAGAGUAACAGUUAGGAGCUUUGGAGGAAGGAUAAUGGUGGAUAUUCGAGAGUUUUAUGUGAAAGAUGGCAAGCAAAUGCCCGGCAGAAAAGGCAUCUCAUUGAGCAUGGAUCAGUGGAAUGUACUGAGAGAGCAUGCAGAUGAAAUUGACGAGGCUGUUGCUGAGAACAGCUAAAUGUUGGAUGUGGCUAUCAUGUAGUUGGGUGUAUAAUGGAAUCGAAACUAGUAGAUGUUUUUCCUUGGUACUGUUGUAGAUUAGAUUAUGGAUAAAGCAAACAUGUUGUAGUACAGUUUGGUGUCCUAUAUCCAUGUACUCUUUUCUCGACUUACGUUCUUCUAUAUGCAUGUGGGCGGCGGUGUAACUUA